GUCACACCCCUCUUGUCUGCAUAAUGUUGAGUGGUGUGUUUACUGUAAGCCUGAUGACCUCUACAUGUAAUUAUUUAACCUUUGUUUUCUUCAAACAUUUCUGUCAGUAAUGAAAGCUUUUUUCUCCUUUAUAUAAAACAGCAAUAUUUAUAGUUUUAAACUUACACAUUUGAGUUGAGAACAGGAUGUCAUACAGUUUUAGAGACCAUAGAUGUUUAAUUUGCAUUGAUAAUUUUAAUGGUCAGUGUUAUGAGUGAACACGGGGCAAUUUAGUCAGUAUUGUGUACCCAGAUUGAUCUGUUGUAAAGAGCACCUUAAAAAAUUUUCACCACUAAUCUCCUCUGCUUUUCCGAAAUUGGUAAGUAGUUUCGAUUUAUCUAAACGUCAACAAAAAACAACAUUAUGCAAUGCUACUCUGCCAAAUUUUCAGAGUCUCCUUUAGCUCUGAGUGUCAGUUAAUAGAGCUCUGGUUAUUUUACAGAAAUGCUCAUAGGAUUGGACAGGAGCUUGAAGGCUAACAGCAAGGAACUGUGCACUCUGGGAACUCAGAUGUAGAUUUUUUUUCUAUUCACUCUUUGCUUUUCAUAUUUGUAUACUGCAGUAUUUUUUCUAUUAACGCUGACGUAGUGUAGACCUUUAACAAACUUCAGAUGAUUCAUGACUAUUUGCUUGUAAAAAUUGUUUUAUGGUUUUCCUAGUUGUGUUGAUAGUUUGAUUUUCCUACAACUCUAAAAAAUGUUAAUUUCUCGAAAUUUGCAGCUUCCCAAACUCCAUAUUGGUGGUAAAGAAUUGACCAGGAAAAAUAAAGAAAUCUGUUAACAGGCCAUGGAUGCACGAGUGGUGAAGGAUAUGACAACAGGGAAAUCAAAGGGGUAUGGAUUUGUGUCCUUCUAUAACAAACUGGAUGCUGAGAAUGCCAUAGUACACAUGGGUGGUCAGUGGCUUGGAGGACGACAAAUCCGGACUAACUGGGCAACUCGCAAACCACCCGCUCCAAAGAGUGUGCAAGACAAUAGUGCCAAGCAGCUGAGAUUUGAUGAGGUGGUGAACCAGUCGAGUCCUCAGAACUGCACAGUUUACUGCGGUGGCAUUCAGUCAGGACUCUCAGAACACCUCAUGCGACAGACCUUUUCUCCUUUUGGCCAGAUAAUGGAGAUCAGAGUGUUUCCAGAGAAGGGUUAUUCUUUUAUCAGAUUCUCCUCACAUGAAAGUGCUGCUCAUGCCAUCGUCUCCGUGAAUGGUACCACCAUUGAAGGACAUGUGGUGAAGUGCUACUGGGGCAAAGAAUCACCUGACAUGGCCAAAAAUGUCCAGCCGAUGGAGUAUGGUCAGUGGGGACAAUGGAAUCAAAUGUAUGGCAAUCCACAACAGUAUGGUCAGUACAUGACGAAUGGCUGGCAAGUACCAUCCUAUGGAAUGUACGGCCAAACAUGGAAUCAGCAAGGAUUUGGAGUAGAACAAUCACAGUCCCCUGCCUGGGUGGGAGGUUUUGGGACGCAAACCUCUCAGGCUCAGCCCGGCGCAGUGAUGAACCAGGCUAACUUUGGCAUGGCCGGAUACCAGACACAGUGAUCUGACCGUCCCUCCCCAUAACGGCCGCUUCUCACUUCUGUACAUCUUGCUCUCACAGGGAGAGACUCUGAAGACUCCUUACCAUACAGGCUUUUGGAUCCCAAACAGGAAAGCUUUAUUGUUAAGAUGCAAAUUUAGAGUAAAGAAGCCAACGAGUCGUGCGCCUUCACUGGAUGUCUCAAUUCAAUCACAAGAUCCUUUCCUGCUUCAGUGGAAUUGGAGAUGAAAUGCAUCUCUUCCCCCACCGUUUUUAUUUUUACUGCAUAUCUCAAGGAAAACUGCUGAUUUUUUUCCAUUGAAUCCCAACUUCAGGAACUUCACAGGUACAUUACAUGAAAAUCCCACAUUGUAAACAGUUUUCCCACUGUGUUUUCUUUUUUCCCCCACUCUUCCUUAUUACUGAUCAUGCAUUUGCUUCAUUACAGUAUGGACUUAGAAUUUUGUACAAAAACACAACAAACAGCGACAAACAAUGCCAUUUAUUCUUCAUUCUGACUUGGCAAAGGCACUUUUUGGGGGUUCACUGGACCCGUGUCUUGUAAAUGUUGACGUGUAAAUGAAUUUCUAUGUGCAGUGGUGUAUAUUUAAUCCACAUUAGCUCCCCGUUCUCCUCGGAUUCUAGAGCUCUUUGAUACUGUGUGUAUAAUGUAUCUUUUUACUCCCAAUUUACAGACAGCGAAAUCUCCCGUUCACUACGGAGAAAGGGUCACGACGGCCAAACCUGUAAAUAUCUUUUGAUAUCUCGGCCUGGAAUAAGGAUUUCAGAAGCAUGCGCUCUCUUUUGUGCAGAACUAAAGCGGCGUCUGUUAGACUAACGUUACAUGUGUGACUGACAUUUACAAGCCUUAAUUUUCGCUCGGUCACACACAGAUUUCAGCUGAACACUUUGAGACCCUCAUAGAGAGCUGUACGAUUUAUUUUAGAUCCUACUGUACAUUUGUCCCUUUGCUGGUUUUAAAAAUAUGCGUGCCAUUAUUUUUUUUUUUGAGUAGCCAGAGAAAAGGUUUGGAUUCUUUUUUUGGUUUGGAUUUUUGUUUUCUUCCCUCUGGGAUGUUGAGGAAUUGCAUGUUUCAAACCAUAAUAUUGAGGUUGCUCAAAGCAUUGAAUGUAAAAGGCAGAAAUGUUUGCAUACAACUAGCAUUUUGAGUUUUCUUUUUAGGUCUAAAUGAGACAAUAAAUGAACCAUUGGACAAGAAA